CUUUUCUUGAACUGCAACCUUCGCUCCCUCCCCCGGCCCUCUCUCUCUCUCUCUCUCUCUGUGGCGCGCACACACGAACACUCUGGUUUUCAUUCUUUUAGAUUCGUAUUUCCAUUGCUUUUCAUAUUCUCUCUUUUCAAUAUUCUUCCGUUUUCUGCCAAGGAGAAAAAUAAAAAUGUAUAGAUCGGCGAGCUGGAGCCGCGUUUCUGACGGCGACGAUUACUUUAAGCAUGGACCCUCACCUUCGACGAAGGAGUCGCCGAGCAUGCAGAGACUGACAGGUUCGUUUGAAAGCAAUAAUGAGUUGCCUGUCUAUGACCCUAUCGCGGAGUUGGCUAAGAAAGAGAGGGCACGCGUCAAGUUUGCAGAGAAUGCCGUUCAUGUCAUACCCUUUGUCCUGCUUCUCUGCGCCACCGUUCUCUGGUUCUUCUCUAAUCCGGAAGUGGAUGUGGGAAUCAGAGGAGAUUCAGCAGCGGCAAGAAUCGAAGGAUUGACACUCGAAGGAGAAUUUGAUAAUGAUAGUGAUGGCACUCAAACGGGUGCUUUGCCGAUAGUCGAUUUUGGGGAUAUAGACUCACCGAAACAAGUCGAAGGUCGCAAGGGUCCAAUCAAAUUGGCCCACAGAUCUUUCAAAUGAUGCCUCCGUGGGUAAUGCAUUACAGUACUGCUAUGUUUUUAACUUUUUGCCUACAUUUUGCCCUUCAAAAAAAGAAAAAAAUUGCUACGACAUUGUUUUGCUCUCGGCAGAUUCUAUAGGGACGGCAAUGGAAUAAAAAUAUUUUGUGUCGUGGAUUAUCAAUAUUUUUUCAAUUCAUAACAUAAGCAGUCAAGUUUGAAUAAUUUAUAAAUUUACUGUUUAAAUAGUGAUA